AUGCCAGGAAUCACAGGCCCUUCAGAUUAUUCCAAAGAACCUAUUCGUCACCACUCUCUUCAAAUUAACUCCAAGGAACCUUUCAAUUCCGAGCCACAACGUUCUGCCUUGAUUUCAUCCUAUUUGACUCCCGCAGAUUUGUUCUACAAGAGAAAUCAUGGCCCUAUACCGAUAGUCGAUGACAUAGAAAUAUACUGUGUAUCAAUAUCUGGCUUGAUAGAAAAUCCAAAACAGCUUUUUAUGGAAGAUAUCAGAAUACUUCCUAAGUACAAUGUCACUGCCACACUACAGUGUGCAGGAAAUAGAAGGACUGCUAUGAGCAAAACUAAAACAGUUAAGGGUGUUGGAUGGGGUGUUUCUGCUAUUGGGAAUGCGGUUUGGGGUGGUGCCAAAUUGACGGAUGUUCUUGAACUUGUUGGAAUACCGAAGUUGACGAGCACGACUAAAUACGGAGGAAAAUAUGUUGAAUUUGUAAGCAUUGAUCAGUGUAAGGAGGAAAAUGGAGGCCCAUACAAGGCAUCAAUCACACUCAGCCAGGUGACAAAUCCUGAAGCAGAUGUUCUACUUGCUUAUGAGAUGAAUGGAGAACCUCUUAACAGAGAUCAUGGUUAUCCGUUACGCGUGGUUGUUCCUGGUGUCAUUGGAGCUCGGUCUGUUAAAUGGCUGGAAGCUAUCAAUAUCAUAGCAGAAGAAUGCCAGGGCUUUUUCGUGCAAAAAGACUACAAAAUGUUUCCUCCGUCUGUAAAUUGGGAAAACAUUAAUUGGUCAUCAAGGCGACCUCAAAUGGAUUUCCCUGUUCAGUGUGUUAUAUGUUCUCUAGAAGACAUGAUAACGAUAACACCAGGAAAGGUGAGUAUUAGUGGAUAUGCUGCAUCAGGUGGUGGUAGAGGAAUCGAGAGAGUGGAUGUGUCUGUUGAUGGAGGGAAAACUUGGAUGGAAGCGUCAAGGUUUCAAAAAAGUGACAUUCCUUACACAGCAGAUGAUGAUGGAAACUGUGACAAAUGGGCUUGGGUGCUAUUUGAGGUCACUGCUGAAAUUCAACAAAGCACUGAGAUUAUCGCAAAAGCGGUGGAUUCAGCAGGAAAUGUUCAACCAGAAAAAGUUGAAGACAUUUGGAACUUGAGAGGGAUAUUAAACACUUCAUGGCAUCGGAUACAAGUUCAUGUCACUGAUUCUAACUCUUAA